AUAAGGCAAUUCUCGAAUACACAACAAAAAUUCGAUCAAUUGACUUUUCUAUCCACCAAACAAUGGACGCCUUCGCUUCCUUCUUUGACUCUCAAUCGGCUUCAAGGAACCGUUGGAGCUACGAUUCUCUCAAGAACUUACGCCAGAUCUCUCCUCUUGUUCAGAAUCAUCUCAAGCAGGUUUAUCUGACCUUAUGUUGUGCACUGGUUGCAUCUGCCGCUGGGGCAUACCUCCAUAUUCUGUGGAAUAUUGGUGGUCUCUUAACGACUAUCGCAUGCUUUGGAUGCAUGGCUUGGCUACUUUCCAUAUCUCCUUAUGAAGAGCAAAAGAGGGUUGCUCUCUUGAUGGCAACUGCACUCCUCCAAGGGGCUUCUAUCGGUCCUCUGAUUGAUCUGGCCAUUCAGAUUGAUCCAAGUGUUCUGAUUACAGCUUUUGUGGGAACUGCGGUGGCCUUUGGAUGUUUCUCAGUAGCAGCUAUGUUGGCUAGGCGUAGAGAAUAUCUUUACUUGGGUGGCUUGCUUUCAUCUGGCCUUUCCAUCCUUCUAUGGCUGCACUUUGCAUCCUCCAUCUUUGGGGGAUCUGCAGCCCUCUUUAAAUUUGAGCUGUACUUUGGGCUUCUGGUGUUUGUGGGCUAUGUGGUAGUCGACACCCAGGAUAUCAUUGAGAAAGCUCACCUUGGUGAUCUGGACUAUGUGAAGCAUUCCCUGAGCCUUUUCACCGACUUCGUUGCUGUUUUUGUCCGAAUUCUCAUAAUCAUGUUGAAGAAUUCAACUGAGAAGGAGAAGAAGAAGAAGAGAAGAGAUUGAACCUGACUUUGUACUUGCUUAUGUAAUAUGAACCCAGCUCUCUGCUUCUUGACUGAACCAAAUCGAUGUUAAUAUUUUAAACUUGUAACUAGUACGCCUGGUUUUAUAUAAAUGCUUGAAAUUUGCCUACGA